GUUAGGGGUUAAAAGGUUAAGAUAGAAAAAUAGAAUAGAACUGAUGUUGUUAUAUUAAUAAAAUUGUUUUAUUCAUAAAUUAAUUAAUAGAAAAAAUCAGAAACAAAGAGAAACAACAUGAAAACAUAGACAUAUAAGUUAAAAAUAUAUAUAAAAAUAUAUUUUUAAUAAAUUAAAACAACAAAAAUAGUGUCAAAUUAAUCCAUUACUUCCCUUCACCAUAGAAUUGUUGAAUCUGUCACUACAGAAUUAUGUUAAUAGCUUGUGGAAAUUUAUGAAUUGACUUACACACUGUAGGGGUUAUAAGGUCAGAUAGAAUAGAAUAAGAAAUAAAUGUCAAAUUUCACCAAACAACAAGAUGAAAUGAAUAGUAUGUUCAAUGAAAAAGCUCAGAAAAGGCAAUUUAUUCAUAGGUAAAUAAUAUGUGCCCUAACUAAAGGUAUUUUGUAUAUGUACUACUGAGAAAAGAAAAUUAAAUUAACUACAGACAAAUAAUAGUGUCAAAAUACUUCUUUGUUUUUUUUUUAUUAUUGAAUUAAUACGCACUACAUGAUUGGCAGGAGGUACAUGUUGGAAAUAAGCUGGUGGCAAAUAAUUGAUUAAUUAGAAAAAAUAUUAACUUUAAUACUGUUCCAAUACCAUGUUAGGGCUUGUAAGGUACAGACAGCAAACACUUAUACUUAUAAAUGUAAAAUCAGCCGAACAUGUAAGAGAAAUCUUAUACUAAUAUAAUAUAGUUUAACUGUACAACAUUCUAUUUAUUCUAUUCUACUACUGAAAUGUAUUUAUAUGACAGUUUAUAAUAAUGAAGAUUCAGACCUAUGUCACCCCUGUUAUUCUUCACUAUUCAUCUACAAGAAACCCUGCUCUAAACUAAAGCUUAAUAUAUAAUACUAACACAGAAAACAUCCAGCUGGACUGAAGCCUCGCCGCAUCUCCAACCAGCAAUGUCUGAAAGAACUAUGUAAGAUCUUGGCGAUGCAAACGCAAAACCGAACAGACUGAACCAUCAAACGCUCAGAUGGAGCAGACCCCCCAUGGCAGGGGGCUCAACAUGUCGUCAGAUCUACUCGCUCUCUUCCAGUGGACCCCUGCCUCUUGAUACGCUCUGAUUUUCUGGAAGAGGAAAAACCAGCAGUGAUGGAUUUGAACCUAACGGUGAUUGACAGCGGCUUGUUGGAGAGCGACCAAUCGACCAGAGUUCUCACUGGCUGCUUUCUGUCGCUCCUCAUUCUGUCCACCCUGCUGGGGAACACGCUGGUGUGUGCAGCCGUCACCAAAUUUCGCCACCUCCGCUCCAAAGUCACCAACUUCUUUGUCAUCUCGUUGGCCGUGUCAGAUCUGCUGGUGGCCAUCCUGGUCAUGCCUUGGAAGGCCGUGACGGAAAUCGCUGGCUUCUGGCCCUUUGGAUCGUUUUGCGACAUCUGGGUGGCUUUUGAUAUCAUGUGCUCCACUGCGUCCAUCCUCAACCUCUGUGUUAUCAGCGUGGACCGCUACUGGGCCAUUUCCAGCCCUUUCCGCUAUGAGAGGAAGAUGACUCCCAAGGUGGCGUUUGUGAUGAUCAGCGUGGCUUGGACGCUUUCCGUGCUCAUCUCCUUCAUACCGGUGCAGCUGAACUGGCACAAGGCUCAGCCGACGAGCUUGGCGUUGUCCAAUGGCUCUGGCGGGGUGCCCCUCAUGGACAACUGCGAUUCCAGCCUCAACAGGACCUACGCCAUCUCCUCCUCACUGGUCAGCUUCUACAUCCCAGUGGCCAUCAUGAUCGUGACCUACACUCAGAUCUACAGGAUCGCCCAGAAGCAGAUUAGAAGGAUCUCUGCACUGGAAAGAGCAGCGGAGAGCGCCAAGAUACGUCACAACAGCAUGGGCAGCAACUCCAACAUGGACUCGGAGAGCUCCUUCAAGCUGUCCUUCAAAAGAGAGACCAAGGUGUUGAAGACCUUGUCGGUCAUAAUGGGGGUGUUUGUGUGCUGCUGGCUGCCCUUCUUCAUCCUCAACUGCAUGGUACCGUUCUGCGAGCAUAACCUACCAUGCAUCAGCCCCACCACCUUUGACAUCUUCGUCUGGUUCGGCUGGGCGAACUCUUCCCUCAACCCGAUCAUCUACGCCUUCAACGUGGACUUCCGCAGGGCCUUCGCCAUCCUCCUGGGCUGCCCCAGACUUUGCCCGGGUAACAACAUCAUAGAGACCCCGAGUCUGAACAAAAACUGAGGCCUGAAGCCCUCCACUACUGUCAGAUAGAUGAGAGGAGUGUGAGACUAGCCUGCUCUAAAAAUGUAGAGUGGCCCAUGUCACAACCCUCAGUGCCAGAACAAGCAUCUGGUCAAGAGGGGGGGGAAGGGAUUUGGGAUUAGAACUCUGGAAGAAAGCCCUCCUGUCGUGCCAGGGAGCAGACAGAGUGGUUGCGAUGUUUCUUUUGAGGGAGAUAAUCUUUAUGACAGGCCAUGCUAUCCUCCAGGACUGAUGCCUGGACGGCCUCUGGAUCCGGCCCCCUGUGGCUAUAUCAAGCGUGAGCAGUUCUGUAGUACAAUACAUUUAAUUGUACCAACAAGUGACUUUUGGGAAUUUUUUUGGGCCUCUCCACUUUUCCCAGUCAUAAAUGUGUUUCACAUACGGACCUUAACUAUAAGAAUGAUCAUGAAAUAAACAGAAUGUUCUAUUUUUUUUUUUUUUUGUACGAGAGGGAGCUUCACACACCAAAAAAAAAGUGACAGAAACAUCUGUAAAUUGAACAAAGUCUACAUAUGUAUGUGUGUGUGAAGCGGAAUCGAAACUUCGUGACUUCUGCUGGGCAAGAAUGCAAUACAAUGGGACACGCUGUCUGUAGAGCCACCUGCAUCAUCUUCCUGCGACUCAUUUCCAGUUUUUAACCCAAGGUUUAAGGCUUACGAGCCAGACACUAUGAUAUAAAACGGAUAAUGUAUAGUUUUAAUUUAUGGAAAUAGAAUUGAGAAAUGUAUAGUACGUUUAUUUAGCACUGAUUAAUAUAAAUUAUAGCCUCCAGUGAAGUUCUGUGUAUAAUCAGGCUCUGGCAAAUAGUAGAAUCCAAGAAUCUAUUUCAUCUGUUUCACUUCUGUUACAGAUCCCACAGGCCUUACUUUAUUCAUGUGGUGUUGCAUUAUGUUCAGGGCUGUUCCAAAACAAGGGGGCAGAUGGUCAAUUAUGAGAUGGCCGUUCCAUGAUUGUCAUAAUGAAUAUGUGUCCUGUUCAUUGGUGCCUGAGCUUCUCAAAACUUGCUUUUCUAUUACUAAACACUGACAGCUAAAUACCAAGACAAAUGGAACAGAUGGCCGUUAAAUAUGAACGCAGAGGUGGGAAUCAACAGUGAUGUAUGAGUCCUGGUGAAUGUGCAAUGGGAUCCAGUAUUGUUAUGACCUGUAUACCUGUGUACAGAACACUACAGUACUAACACUACCUGGUUGAUAAUGCUGUUCACAGUGUGCGACUGUGACCUUCAUCUCAAUAGGAUUUUUGUUGCUACAUAAGUUGAUGUCAGUAAAUGUGCAAUACUAAAAAUGUUGCUGGUGUAAAAUGGUGAAGUGGUGAAAACAAGUGCUUUGUGAAGGGGAACAUUUGCAUUGGUCAAAGCAGGGGUGGCCAAUCCUGGAGUCGUGGAUAUCUACCACCAUCAGAUAUAACCUGGGUCAAGUGUAUUAGAUUACAACCUCAGAAAAAAAAGGGUUGGGUUGUAGAUGGUUCUGCAAAUGACUUAUUUUAGGUACUUAAUUGAGGUUUUAUUGUACUUUAUAGAGAAUAACUUUUAACCAGACAAAAAAAAAACUUGUAAUCAAUUUAACCAAUCAAAUGUGAACAUGUGAAAUAAGUUCACAUGUUAUUCUAAUCUAUACAUUAAAAAACUUUAAAAUAUAUCAAUAUUUUUAAUGAUGUAGGAUUGGAGAUAAAUAUACAAAGUGGUAGAUUAACAUGAACCAGAUUGGUCACCUUUGGAUUAAAAUAAAUUAAGAAAUAGUAACCAGUUUUUUAAAUGUUUUACACACUAUAUGAUCAAAUGUAUUGGGACACCUACUGAUUACAACAACAGGAGUUUUAUUAUGAUAUUAUUUAAUUCUAAAUUACCCAUAAUCAUUAGAAUUAAAAUUAAAAGCAGAUUGAUCAGCAUUGAUCGGACAUUUUUCUGCACUAUGGUUCUUAAUCCAAUUGGGUUUCAGUAAUCACACAUUUAUUAAUACACUUAGAGCCCAUGCUGUUCUGGAACCCAAAUAGCCUGUGUCCUGUGAGCCUCACAUGAGCAUGUUGGCUGGAAUAUGUUUAAUUUUAAACAUUUGAGUCAAUUGGUCUCAAUGAAACACCUAAAUUCAAUUAAUUAGGAUUUAAGGAGAUUUUAUUGCCUUUCGCAUCACAUGUGGUACAUGAGGUGGAAUGAAAUUGUGAUCUCACGAUCCAGUUUACACCCAAGAGCUGAUGUUAAAAUAGAUAAUAUAGAUAAAAUAAGAUAACAAAAUAAAAGAAUACAAUAAAAAUAGAAUAGAACAAAAUAGAUAAAGAUAAGUACACAAAAACAUUAAAAUAGUAGGCAGAGUAGACAGGUAGCAGCAACAUGACAUCCAGUUUUGCUAUAGCAGCAUGAUAAUGGAAUUAAGAGCAGUACAAGAUAAAGUGUCUCAUAAGAGGUGUGGUGUCUCAAUACUUUUGUCCAUAUAGUGUAUAGUUUUUGGCUUUA